UGUGUGUUCAAAUGAAUUGAAUUAAGAAACUAGACAAAUAUCAGUGUGUCCCAUUUCAUUGUCGUUUACUCGACCGAUGCACAAGUUAUAAAGUGCCACGUUGCUGUUAGGUGGACCACGACAAGUUAAUGCUUAACGAUUUCUCGCUAAUAAAUAGUUUAAUUUGUUUAUAUUCAAAUUAAGUAUGGAAGGGUUGAUAAUUUGGCCAAAAAGGUCUAAGAAUGCUCGCUAAUAAAUAGUUUAAUUUGUAAUUUGUUUAUAUUCAAAUUACGUAUGGAAGGGUUGAUAAUUUGGCCAAAAAAGUUAAAUAUACGUUAUAGAUAGAAAAGAGGUAAGAAACGGAAACUUUUUGAAAUAAACAAAGGGUGAGGGAAUAAAAGCAACGAUUAUGGUAGAUAUAAAACAAUCACGCGCAGCGCACAUUAAUAAACACAUCAACCUCCUGCACUUAUUUAAAUCAAAUAAACAACGAUUAUACAAUUAUUUAUUUUCCUCGAGAAACAUGUUUAGAACUCGACAUAUAUAUAAAUAACAUCACACGGCUCAUUAGUUUCAUGCAUCAGUUAUAACACAAUCCAUACUAUAACAAAAACGAAAACUUUAUGGCCAAGCUCAUUUUCUUCCUCGCAGUCCAAAUCCUCCUCCUCUCCGUCGUUUCUUCGACCAGAGAUGAUGGAGAAAACUUUGCAAGAACCAUAGAUCGGAAACUUCUAGGUCUUCGUAGGAAAGAGAAGCUAACCCAUUUCAAGGUCUAUUGGCACGACAUGAUAAGCGGUCCAAAUCCAACUUCCAUCAUUAUCCAGCCACCAGUUAAGAAGUACUCUACUACCUACUUUGGAGGAAUCUCUAUGAUCGAUAACGCUUUGACGGCGAAAGUUUCGAGGAACUCCACGUUAAUUGGCAAGGCACAAGGGUUUUACGCUGGAGCGGCCCAAAAAGAGUUGGGUUUAAUAAUGGCGAUGAAUUUUGUUUUUAAGAUAGGGAAGUACAACGGGAGCACGAUCACAAUCCUUGGUCGGAACUCGGCGAUGUCGGAGGUUAGAGAAAUGCCGAUCGUGGGAGGAAGUGGGCUUUUCCGCUUUGCUAGAGGCUAUGUUGAGGCUCGAACAAAGUGGACUCGUAACCUCGAUGCCACGGUUGAGUAUAGUUGUUAUGUUCUGCAUUAUUGAUGUGUUCAUGAUGUUUUAUAUUUUGAUUUGACGACGUAAUAAUAAAACAAGAUUUUAAUAUAUUAUGUUUUUGUUUAAUUUGCAUUUGGCUUAUGGUGUGUCUGUGGCGGAUUUGUUGUAGUGAUUAUGUCGUUUGUUAAACUAAUAAUAUUCAUAGUUGUUUUCUUUCGA